AUGAAUCGGUUCCAGUUUGGCGACUCCGACGGGUCUGCCUCCGACUUGGACGAAGACCCCUCCGGCCUCCCCUUCCCCGAACCGCUGUCCCGCCUCUCGUUCCUGGCCCCUGGGUUUGACCCGUCCACCUUUCUAUCAUCGUUGACAAACCGUCACCAAAGUCUUGAGGAUCUGCGCCAGGAGUUGCGGAGUCUGGAACAGGCACUGAACAAGGAGCUGUUGGAUUUGGUCAAUGAGAACUAUCAAGACUUCCUGUCGCUUGGCAGCGCGCUCCGCGGCGGCGAGGAGAAGGUUGAAGGGGUCAAGGUUGGCGUGCUCUCUUUCCAGCGCGACGUCAAAGCCAUUCGGGAUAAGGUCGAGGCGCGGCGACAAGAGGUCGACGAGCUACUGAACGAGAAGCGGCGAUUGCGGACGACAGCCGAUAUUGGCAAGGACCUGCUGGACUAUGCGGACCGGGUUGAGGAACUGGAGCACCGAUUGAUGAUUGGCGAAAAAUCGCCGAAGGAGAAUGCCAGUCCCGAUGAAUCGGAUUCAGACUCAGACUUAUACACCGAUGAGGACGAUGACAGCGAUGACGAAGAGCUGGCAAACGGCACACCUGCAAUGUCACUCACACGAUUGGAACGACAUGCACAGAAGUUCGUCUACCUGACUUCGAUAGCUUCACGGGUGGGCGAGACACAUCCAUUCCUACUUGCGCAACAACCACGAGUCGCCAAAAUUAAAUCAACGGUGCUUCUGGAUCUCAAGAACGCUCUGGAGCAGGCAACGGCUGGCGGGAAAGGCAGCAAACGUGAUGCCCGGACUAUGGCUGUUCUGCGGCUCUACGAUCUCAUGGGCGAGGAUGUCAGUGCCGUUGCUGCAUUGAAGAACCUCAAGGUGUAA